CUGCCCUGCCCUGCCUUGCCCUGCCCCGCCCCGCAGGAUUUCGCGUAGCGCGGCUGUUCCGCUGCAGGCGUAGCGAACGCGCAGUACGGAGCCGUGUCGCGGAAGUCAGAGUUGCUUUCCAGUGCCUUUUGUCUUGGUUCCUCCUGAUUUCCUGCUAUUAAUGCACUGCGCUAAAUAGUGGUUAAUUAUUUCUGGUUGACUUGUAUGCGUGUUUAAGUCUUACAAAGGACUGUCUGGGCAGGGUAUAAAUUCUUUGGGAUUGCUUUGAGAAGUUAGUGUUUACCUUUAAAUAAGCUUGAGUGGCACAGACAACAGAUCCUUCUGUUGCUCUAGAUGAGGAGUUUAAAGUAGUAUCCUCGGGAGGAAAGCAAGAGUUUUCAGAAGUUUUCUCUUUUAGCUGUCUGACUUUUCUGUGCUUUGAUGCUUAGAGAAAGGAGUAAAAGAGACAAUUGAUCUGUUAUUAACUCUAGUCCUUGCAUCGUCCCAUUUUGCAAACUUGCAAGUGGUAAAGUCUGGAGGGCCAUCUUCAGGUUUGGGAAACCUGUCCUGGAUUUAUGGCUAAUCUGGCCAUGUUCUAAAGAUCACUGAAAUCAUAGAAACAUUUAGAAAGUGCAGUGAGCUGCAUCCUGUGGGUUUGUGUACUAGAUGUGUCUGUUCCUUGCUUUAGGCUUGCUGUAAAAUCAAAUGUGAAAAUUGCUCUUUAAAGCAUUUCUUUAAUGCCUGAAACCUGGAAUUAAUUAGGCCUGAAACCUGGAAUUAACUUGACACUUGGUUAAUGUUUCUGUUGACACAAUAAAGGUGAAACAUGGUGGGGAGAAUGUAGGCUAACCUUGUUUUGAGGUCGAUUUUGACUUUUUGAGAUAGAAACCACUUUCUCUUUUUUGCCUGUAAGGUACCUCGUUCAUCAAAAAUGCUUGACAUUGUAAUUGUCCUGCAAAGUUAAACUUUGUGUUUAUUCUAUUAUAGAUGUGGGGGUGCUGAUCAAGUACUGAAUAUGGGUGGUAGUAUUGGAUAGGCAGAUGUGACCAUGGAAAUGUCUGGCUUAUAAUUUUUUGUGUGUUUGCCUGAGAACUCAGAGGUGUAAACCUAAAUAAUAAUUUUUGCAAGCAGCCUUUAACUUCAUUAAUAAAAUGAUCUCAUGCUUUCUGUUGUCCUUCUGUCCCACCGCUACUGCCACCCCUUUUUUUAGGUAUUUGGGACAGACCUGAAUCUCUGUUUAGCUCUACUGUAAGUUUUUAUAAAUGGCAAUUUUUAACAGGCUUCUUAACACUGUUGUACUUGAUAUUCCAAAACCUACCAGCUAAGGCAGCUCCGUAUUAAUGAGAGAACUCUGAAAAUUAUCUAUUUUUCUAGGAAAAAAGGAUGAAAGCACUGAUGUUUGACCUCUGGUGCAAGCAGUGACAUUGUUCAGAUGCAAACUUAACUAGGUUUAACCUGCUGUUCUGGAAUGGAAAUUUGUUCAUUAGCUGUAGUGAAAGAGCAGUGGGUUUGAGUGAUGUGUUCCCUUUUUGCAAUACCAUAACUUGCCUGUUGAGAUACUUAAAAUUAUAAAAGGCGUUGUAGAGUACUACAGUCCAGUAAGAGAGCAGAACCUCCUGGCAACCCUGCAUCCAGGGUUUGCACCCAUUCUUUGAUGUGUUGAAGUUUCUGACCUUUAGAUAACUCUCCAUCUUCCAUUUCUUUACGCAAAAUAGAAAGUAAUGAGCAAUGGAGGAUAAGACCAGGCUUGCUGUUCUUAGAAACCAAACCUUUUUGAACUGGCUAUGAAGUGUGCUAGGAUCAGGUAGAAAUUAUUUGCUUUUUUUCUACAUGACUGAUAAGUACUUGCAUUAUUAAAAUUUACACUUUCCAAGUUACAUUUUUAGAUUUUAGAUUUACAGCUGAAUUAAAAAGGCUUUGGCGUUUUAAAAACAUGUCAGCAGUGCCACAGGAGGAGUAGAAAGAGUAUUCUAAACUCAGCUUUAGUUUGCAUAAGCAGAAGUAGAUUUUUUUUUGCCUGCUAGUAAGCAUUUAUAUUAGUUGAUGUAAAAUAACUCUGUAGUCAUCACUUUCCUAAUUUGCUUGUAAAGAUUGCCCUUCCUUCUUAAUUUCUCAUUCUUCUAGUUGACAAAUUAUAGUGCUUUUAUAGGUGAGACUUGAGGUCAAAACAUCCAAACCAGCUGCUUAGUCCAGGUGUCGAGUCGGAUGCUGAAAACCUACAUUCAGUCUUAUCUGAAGCUGAACUCCAAGCUUGCCUUGUAAAUUGUUUUCAGGUGUCCUGUGUGGUACUUAGCAAAUGAUUGCUUUAUAAUCUACUUUAAUGAGAAGCUGCUGAUGAGAAUUCUGUAAGUAGUGUGAGCAGAGUGCCACGAAAGCACCUUAAGCUUAGAUAACAGCACCAGUAGUUUUUAAACUCCUGUCUUAGUACAACAGGUUUAUCCCAGUGGGAUGAAGUAAGGGCAGGUAGAAAUGCUUCUACACUGAAAGGCUGUCCAUUUGGAAUUUACAGGUGUUACUUGGUGUUUGGUAUUCUUCAAAAGUAUGGGAAGAAAACUGUUCAAGUCUUGGAGCAAACCCCUGCUUUCAAGUGUCUGAGAGCUGUCAUAUUUGCAUCAGCUGUUUCAUUCCAUGCUGCUGGUAACCACUGCCUUCUCCUGACUGCUGAGGGCCUCUGGGGAAACUCCUUGGGCUUCAUCUCAGUGUCCUGAAACAAAUGUAUAGAGAGCUCUGCACACAUCCACUGUUACUGCUGAUCCAAAUGUGACCUUCCCUCUGAGCAAAUAUUUAAAACCCACUGUUGCAGCCAGCAGACAAGCCAAGAGCUUCAACUGGUUUGGACUUUGAUGUCAGCAGAGUGGUUUACCAUGUUCUAUUGUUGGGGAUUCCUCGUUGCUGGUGAUGGGUGAGCCUGAAAAACUACAGCUUUACUUGCACAUCAUAGGCUCUUCUUUAGCCCAUUGUGCUGAAGACCAGAGGUUCUGCCUGAUCAGGAGUCUCUGUUAGCAAUUGAAGUUAGCUGGAGAAUGGAAGGGGUUGAGUUUAAGGAAGAGUGGCAGGAUGAAGAUUUUCCAAGGCCCCUACCAGAGGAUGAUCCUGUUGAAUCUGAUGCAUUGGCUGCAGCUGGAACAGAAAAUGAAGCUGAUACAGAGGGUAAUGGAACCAAACUGAGAAAGAAACUAAUGGCUCCAGAUAUUAGCUUAACUUUGGAUCCCAGUGAGGAAUCUGUUUUGUCUGAUGACUUGGAUGAGAGUGGAGAGAUUGAUUUGGAUGAUUUAGAUACUCCUUCAGAAAACAGCAAUGAAUUUGAAUGGGAAGAUGAUCUUCCAAAACCAAAAACUACUGAUGUCAUUAGGAAAGGCUCCCUGGCUGAGUACACUGUGGCAGAGGAGAAGGAUGACGGUCGCCGCUGGCGAAUGUUCCGGAUCGGAGAACAGGACCACAGGGUGGACAUGAAGGCAAUUGAACCAUACAAGAAAGUUAUCAGUCAUGGUGGUUAUUAUGGUGAUGGGUUAAAUGCCAUUGUUGUGUUUGCUGUUUGCUUCAUGCCUGAGAGCAGCCAGCCUAACUACAGAUACCUAAUGGACAAUCUAUUUAAGUAUGUAAUUGGCACUUUAGAGCUGUUAGUAGCAGAGAACUAUAUGAUAGUUUACCUGAAUGGUGCAACAACACGGAGAAAAAUGCCAAGUUUAGGCUGGCUUAGGAAAUGUUACCAGCAAAUUGAUAGAAGGUUAAGGAAAAAUCUGAAAUCAUUGAUCAUAGUUCAUCCUUCCUGGUUCAUCAGAACUCUCCUGGCCAUCACAAAACCUUUUAUUAGCUCAAAAUUCAGCCAAAAAAUUAGGUAUGUCUUUACCCUGGCAGAACUAGCUGAACUCAUCCCCAUGGAAUACGUUGGCAUCCCAGAAUGCAUAAAACAAGUUGACCAAGAGCUGAACAGAAAACAAGAGCAGAAAAGUGAUGAGUAAGUUUGGAGUCCAAACAAGACUGAAGAAUACACAGAUGGAAGGAUGCUGUUUGUGCUCCAUUACAGUGCAUUCUCUGUAUGUAUGUAUUAUAUAAUCUGUUGCAAAAGGUGCUUUGGACUAGCACACCAUGAACUGCUUACUGCUGUAUUGGUUUGUCUUGACUUUAAUUGCUGUUUAUGUAAUCCUUUUAUACUGCUAAAUGGCAAAGAACCCUAUGUUUUCAGAGGAUGUUCUUGCAACUGUUUAUCUAAAUGAUGCAUGUUCUUCAGUAAAAUAUUUAUAUACCUAAAUGUUAAAGGAAAGAGAUAAUAUAUAUAUUUUUAUGACUGAACAAUAUAUUGUGUGUACCUGCUGAAGGAAUUCAUUUGCAGGUAGUCAAGGCCAUAAGUUACUUGUUGUUAUUGUAUAAAUCUGUUUUGCUGUAAAUGGUCAAGUGCAUUUCUUUGUUGUCAUGAAAACUUGUUUGGAUAUUAACAAUCAUUAUUAACUUGGCUUUCACAAAUAUAGAGAUCCUUAUUUUUGUUCAUUUACCUUACACAAGCUCACUCCUUUGCCUCACUAGAGUGAGCUUCAACUUUGGUGUCUUUCAGUCCAUCAUUCCAGGAUGCAGAACUGCAGUUCUAUGGGUGGCAGUUUGUUGGCCAGGAGGUUUUAGCCUAAGCCACAAAAGCUGAACUGUCUCCUGGUAAGAUACCAGACCUUUUUCAGUUGAAGUUGUGAAUUUAGAUUCUGCUUCAGUGUGUCAAGACUGUCUCAGCUAGCAGUAGGAAAUGAGUUCAUUGCAGUUCUUUGUGGGUGAAUUUUGAUGGUUACUGGUGGGAACUCUGGUCAUGCUCAGUAAAACCUGGGAGCCACACAGGUAUUCUAUUCACAACACCAUUUUUGGGGCAGAAAUAUAAGAAGUUUUAUGCUACCUGUGUCAUUUUUGUAGAUGAAACAUAAAUUUCUAAAGCUGUCCGGCACAUGAUACCAGCACUAAUUUAUCUUUUAAGAAGUGUUUUAGAGGUUGGGGUGUUUUCACUCCCCGGAGUGGUGGUAAAUCUGUGUCUGCAAGAGGUUUUCUUGGACACAUAACAAAUGUGUCUAGGCUUACUGGGACAACAGUGAUGCACUGGUUGAGACAUUGUAAAAGUUUGUAACAUCUUUUGAUAAACAUUGCAUUUUCCAUGUAAGGGCAGGUGUAUGCAAAUAAAUUCAUUCAGGAGUUGAGCAAUAUAAUGUUGUAGCAAGUAUAUUAAA